CCGCUGAAGGCACGGAUGGCUUGCGCAUUGAUACAGCGCGCCUUGACUACUGGAAAAGUGUUGGCGCUCAAGUGUCGCCAACUGUUGCACGUUUGUCUAAACUCUUCAUCUACCACGCCAGAAUGGAUUGAACUUGGUCAUAUCGUUGAUGCCUUUGGCUUGGACGGCUCGGUAAAAAUUCAUCCGUACAACCCAAACCCAGAGGCAUUAUUGACUGCACGUAUCUGGCAUUUACAACCGAAUUUGUUGUUGCCUAAUGUUAAGCAUGCUCAAGCAUUUAAGGUUAAAGUCAUUCGCAGUAAGGUUCAUGGCGCUAGUGUUAUUGCUAAGUUAAUCGACAUUGAUGACCGUGACGAUGCAAUAGCCUUAAAGGGUUGCGUGGUUUGUAUCACUAGAGAUCAAUUGCCGACACUCAAUGGUGAAACAGAUGGAUAUUAUUGGGUCGAUUUAAUAGGUUGUCAGGUACGCAACCAAGAGGAUGAAUUGAUCGGGAAGGUUGAUCGACUAAUCGAUAAUGGAGUGCAGCAGGUUUUAUGUGUUAAACGCACCUUGACAGAAGGUGAGGAGUUCUCAGAAUUUGAAACACUCAUCCCUUUUGUCAAUCAAUAUGUUUUGAAUGUGGAUAUAGCUGCCAAACUGAUUAAAGUUGAUUGGGGGAUGGACUACUAG